AUGGCGUCAUUGUCUCCACCUCUCUGCCUUUGCCGGGGGAUCCUGAGGGGGAUACCAGCGAUUAAAGGACCGGAAUACAAACAUUCUUUGGCAUACAAUUAUGUUUUAGAUCAAUUCCGUAAAAAACAGAUCACUGGGGAGAGAUAUUGUCUUGCUCAGGAGGAGGCCCUCUAUGCUUCGCACAGCUACCUCUGUCUGCUCAUCUCCACACGGCAACACAUGGCUCUCUACGACAUCGACCAUGGGAAAGGGCAGCAUGACACAGAGGAGAUGGCAGGAAUUGUGGGACUCAGGCUGCCCACCCAGCCUGGGGGGAAGGGCUGGGAGAAGUGA